UCAACAUGGGUGCAUCAACAAAAGUUUCCCUAUUUUAUUUAUUAGCCUUGGCUUUUUGCCUGGCUAAAGUCCAGGCAGCACAUCCCACUCUGGAGGAGGCCGAGGAUGACAUGGCCCGGUUCAUGGAGGUCCUGCACCAAGAGCAGGAUUUAAAAUCUACGCGUUUUAAUGAUAUUCUAGGCAAUGCCAGGACCAUCAUUCAGUACCAGGACACAGGAUUUAUUGGUAUUAGGAGCAUCUUCCAGUGGAUGACCAGCCCGAAUCCCCGCAAUGAUGGUGUUUACAAUUUCAUGCAGUUUUACACAUCAGAAUCAAGUGGCUAUAUAGGUCUACAGAACUGGGACAAGAGCUCCAAGUUCACAGUCCUGUUUUCCAUUUGGGAUGCUACGAGCGCCAAACCAGGUGCCAACUUUGAUUGCAGCACCUUUGGCGGCGAGGGCAUAGGCUACAAGUGCUUUAACUACACCUUUCCGCUGAUCAGCAAUGCCAUUUACUAUUUGGAUGUGGAGAUUGAUGGCUCUGACUUUAGGGGUUACAUCUCGGAGCCUCAGGAGGAUCUUGAUAGCGUGACCAGUGACCAGGUGACGCGACACCUGAUAGGUCAGAUCACCACGCCGCAUAAUAACACCAACCUUAUACCCUUUGGUUACUACAACGAGAACUAUAGGGACAAGGACACUUGCUUGGAGGCCUUCGAGCUGGUGACUGUCAACCAGGCGCCGCAUCAAUAUACAAACUAUGGACAUGCCAGCACCUCCUUUACGGAGGCUUAUCUCUACAAUUCGGUUUGUGAGUCGCAGAAUAUCCUGGUGGCCAUUACGGCGGACAAGCAGAGCACUAUAUACUUUACCAGGCCCACUGACUUGAGUUUGGCUAAGAAAUAGUUUGGGAAUUAGAAGGAUGAAGGUCUUCCUGGAUUUAAGCAACAAUUUUUUUGGUUUUUUCCUUAAACUAAAUCAUUUUUUUAAUAAUAAUAAGCAAGAUCCUUAAAAUGUGAAUAAACUUUAACCAGCUUAAAGUCAA